AAUAAAAACGGCUGUAGUGGAUUUCUGAUUUCACACCCACAUCAUACGUCAUUUCCCUAUAUAAGGGAUAAAAUCCCCAUUGUUCUCUCUCACCAGCUUUCUUUGCUUCGUCUUUUUAUUUUCUAUCUUUCUAAGCAAAAAGCAAAAGCUAACAUUCGUUUCUUGGUUUGUAAAGCUCAGGCUAAUAAGCCUAGACUCGAACUGGCUAACUCUCAGGAAAUUCUGGAGGAAAGUGAUUCUAGUAAUCAAAGGGUGGUGCAAGCCCUAUAUGAGGCCUUAAAGUCACGUGACGUGGCAACGGUUCACAAACUGGUUGCUCCAGACCUAGAGUGGUGGUUCCAUGGUCCGCCGACCCACCAGUACUUGAUGCGCCUGCUCACUGGUGCUUCUUCUGACACGUCAUCAGGAGGCCGAAACAACCUCAAAAACAAAAGACAAGACAGCUGCUUCCGAUUUGCUCCGAAGACCAUCGUUUCAUUUGGGCCCACCGUACUCGCCGAGGGCUGUGACGACGCGCGCUCCAUUGUUUGGGUUCACGCGUGGACCGUCACGAAUGGGGUAAUCACCCAAAUCAGGGAGUAUUUCAACACUUCCCUCACCGUCACGCGCUUCGGUGACUCCACCGCCGCUGUCACAAACUCAGACCCAUCCUCACCGUCCGCGUCGGAUUACGAAUCAGCUUCACCGCCAUCAACGUCAUCAUCAUCAACGGCUGAGAUCACGCCACUUCAUUGCCCUUACCUCUGGGAGAGCAGUGUAUCCGAUUUGGUCGGGAAGUCCAUGCCCGGACUCGUCCUCGCCAUAUAAUUUCUAUCUCCUUGAUCAGCUGCGGCCGUUAGCAUACUAAAUAAAGAAGGGUGCACAGGUGUUUGCCCCUGAUUGGUGGUUCCUUUAUUUAUGGGCUGAGCUGACGUGUCGAGAUGUAAACUUUUAAAGGUUCCAAGGGCGUGUGUAUAUUGUUUGUGUUAUUGUUAAUUUGUUUGUUUGGCUUUCGUUUUAUUUUCGUGUGGUUUUUGUCUGUGUGUGUUUUGUGUGAGUGUUAAAGGGUUGGGUUGAACCGUGAUGGGGAAAUCCGAUCGGUCGUAUAGUGAUGAAUUUGUAAUCUCGUGUUGUUUGGAUUGCGUAAUAAAGAUAUUUGCUUUUGAUUGUCA